AUGUCGAUAAGUUGGGGAGCCCAGUAUCCGAAGCUGAAGACAAAUCUUCGACUCGCAAUCAACCGUUUGAAACUAAUGGGCAAGAAGAAGACGGAAAUGGCAAUGAAGGCUCGUACGGAGAUUGCUGAAUACAUAGCAUGUAAGGCUGAGUUUUCUACAAAUAAGGCCGAUCGGGCUCGAAUACGAGUGGAGCAUAUAAUUCGCGAGGAUUACUUGGUUGAAGCAUUCGAAAUACUGGAGAUGUAUUGCGAUUUAUUACUCGCCAGAUUUGGAUUGAUUGAGCAAAUGAAAACUCUCGAUGAUGGUAUUGCUGAAGCCGUCAUCAGCAUCAUGUGGGCAGCCCCAAGACUUGCUAAUGACAUCCAGGAAUUUAAGACCAUAAGCGAUCAACUGACGAUCAAAUACGGAAAACCAUUCGCGGAAGCAGCUAGAGCAAAUCAGCUGGAGUUUCCUGCUAAAGUUGCUCCAAAGCUUAUUAGCAAACUGAGCGUAGCUGCACCACCAAAGGUGAUGGUAGAAAGGUAAGU